AUGACGGUCGACGCCGACGCGCUCGCCCACGCCCUGGACGCGCUCGAGGACGCGGCGUGCGCGAGCGAAGACAUUCGCGCGGUGGACGUCGAGCGCGUGCGCGCGGCGCUGACGGCGAGCGAGGCGGCGACGAUGGGACGCGAGACGCGAGAGGCGCUGGAAAAGUGCGCGCGCGCGAUCGCGUCGCGACGCGCGGCGAUGCGCGCGAACGGGGACGACGCGGACGCGAUCGAUGCGGUGUUGAAGGCGCUGCGAUUCGGGGGAGGGGUUGAGGCGGUGGACGCGAUGCGGGCGUGCGCGACGCGCGCGCACUGCGCGGCGCUGGCGCGGACGCGGGCGAGGCGGAACGAAGAGGAAACACCCGCGGAAGGGCCGCGGGAGGUCGUGCGCGCGAGAGAAGAGGAGGCGAUGGAGUUGAAUGAGGUGAGUGAACGCGCGGUGCGCGCGUUGGAGCGGUUGGCGGUGGGACUGAAGACGUCCGGAGACGCGGAACCGACGGAGGUUUUGGAGGCGGCGGCGGCGCGCGCGCGGGCGACGCUGGAGACGCUACCGAAGAAUCAUACCGAGCGCGUGUUAGAUUCGUCUAAGUGGACGAAUGCGCAGCGAGAGAUGAUCGAACGCGUGGAGAGGGCGCUGCAUGAUGAGUACAAGGCGCGAAGGCGUAUGGUGCGCACGCGCGCAGAGGUGACGACGACGUCCUUCUGUUACAGCCCGAGAUUGAACGCGCUCAAGGAUGUUCGAGAAGAUUUCGCGCGACGCGUCAUCGAAGAGCUUCACGUGGCGCCGCAGGUGACGAUGGACGACGUGUGCGACGCGCGCUACGCGGAUUUGGCGAUGGCUGGAAUAAAGGUAACCGCCGGAAACGAAGGCUUGCAGAGCGCGGUGAAAAAGGUAAUGAUGGGGUCGGUUCCCGAUCGCGGUGGUCGCACCGACGGAAACGAUCGCGUUACUGCGAACAUGCCCUCUUUCGUGGAACGCAAAGAAGCUCCAGCCGGUGGAGGCGGCCGAGGCAGUGGAGGAGGUGGAGGACAGAAGACACAGAAGAAGAAGGGAGCCGUUCGUUGGUAG